GCUUCUGGUCGGGGCCCCCGUGGACAACAACCUGCAGCCAGGGACCAACCGGUCUGGGGCUCUGCAUCGGUGUCCCAUCAGUACCUACUUGCAUGACUGCGAGCAGGUCAUCACCGACGGCAGAAGAACUCCUGAGGGACUUUACCCUAACACUAUUGACUCGGACAACCUGACACGGCCCCACGAAGAUGAAUUGAAGGAUGGACAGUGGCUUGGUGUCACAGUGCGUAGUCAAGGAGCUGGCGGAAUAGUAAUGGUAUGCGCCCAUAGAUAUGCAAGAUCGAAUGUUCAGCGUGAUUUUGUGUGGGGGUAUGGGCUGUGUUACACUCUUUCCCAAAGAUUGGAUUAUGACAAUACUUGGGAACCAUGCAAAGGAAGACCAGUUGAAAAGGGUCAUGAACAAUAUGGGUUCUGUCAAGCUGGUACCAGUGGUAUAGUUUUGGAUGAUGAUACCAUGGUGAUAGGAUCACCAGGAUCUUAUACAUGGAGAGGUGCUACUUUUGUCGCAAGUACCUCUUCUGAUUUCUUGGGAAGAGACAAAACAGUAUAUUCCAGCCCAGUUUUAGACAACGAAGCUCCUGUGGACAAAUACAGCUACCUUGGUAUGUCUGUAACUGGCGGACACUUUUUAGGAAAACAUAUGUCCUUUGUGACUGGGGCACCAAGGGCAAAUGGAACUGGCCAGGUUGUAUUUUUUAGGAAGGAUGGAAAAAAUAUGACAAUGAAGAUGGAAUUACUUUUGCCAGGAGAGCAAUUUGCCAGCAGCUUUGGUUAUGAAGUGAUUGCUGCUGAUCUUAAUGGAGACAAGCUUCCAGAUUUAAUUGUUGGGGCACCAUUUUAUUUUGACCGUGAUGCUGGUGGGGCUGUAUAUGUCUACCUUAACAGUCAGGAAAAGUGCAGAUUGCAAUGCAAUAAGCCCAUUAGGCUUACUGGAAAACCAGAAUCAAGGUUUGGCUUUGCUAUUGCUAAUGUGAGCGACCUCAAUAACGAUGGCUUUGAUGAUCUAGCAAUAGGUGCCCCCUAUGAAGGGAAGGGUACUAUUUACAUUUAUCUAGGAUCUAGAAAUGGCUUGAUUACUGAGCCUGCUCAGGUAAUUCACGCAGAAGACCUUCCUGGAAACACAGUCUCUACUCUUGGUUAUUCUCUAAGUGGGGGGAUGGAUCUAGAUGAGAACGGGUACCCUGAUCUUCUAGCUGGUGCCUAUGAAAGUGACUCUGUUGUUCUUUUUCGGUCAAGGCCAAUUAUUGGAAUACGAACAAGUGUUCAACCAGAGAGAAAUCUUAUAAAUAUUGAUCCAAAUGGUCAGGGCUGUGAGAGAGAUCCUGAUUAUAAGCAUACUUGUUUCUCAUUUCAAACUUGCUGCACUAUUGAGGCAGUAAAGCAUAAUCAACGCAAUGACGGAGGUAAAAAUGUACGGGUGAAGUUCCGCAUAGAAGCAGAAACAUUUGCCGGAAAUAACAGGAAGUUUUCACGUGUUUGGUUUGGACGCGACAACAAUGUUACACGGCCCUCUUACAUAGAAAGAAUAAUUCUGCCUGAGAUGAGUUCUUCUGGGUCUCUAAAUCAUUGUCAAGAGCAUAUAGUGUAUGUCAAGGAAAACACACCUGACAUUCAGUCUGCUAUAAAGUUCAAACUGAACUACACUCUGGUUCAGCACUAUCCUCAGAUGCCAAGACAAGGCGAUCCAGUACCCUCCUUACAUGAAUAUCCAAUCCUUAAUCAGCAGGAAGCUGCUAAAAUAUUUAGUGCAACUUUCCAGAAAGAUUGUGGAGAUAAUGAAAUAUGUGAAAGUGAUUUAUUAGUUGAAGCUGAGUUUCAUUUGCCAAAAAGUACCGAACCUAACACAUGGAAGCUGAUGUUGGGUACAGAUCAAGAAUUAGGUCUUAAUAUAACUGUCUCCAACCGAAAAGAGUCAGCUUACGAAACACAACUAUUUGUCAGUCACCCAGCCAGCAUCAGUUAUAUUGGUCGCAAAGUGGAGGGUAAUAAACAACUCAACUGUAAUCCACACAAUACUACCUUAGUUGUCUGUGCAAUUGGUAAUCCUUUCAACAAAGAUAGCAGUGUCAAUUUGUUGCUGCGUUUUAAUUCUAAAUUUUUCGAUGACACUCAGCCUUUACUAGAAUUUGUAGUGUUUGCAAACUCAACAUCUCAGGAGGUCCAUAAAAAAGAACCUCUACAUUUGAUUACAGCAGUUGUUAAAAGGGCUGAGCUACAAAUAACUGGAUCGGCUCGUCCAGAACAGGUUUUUUAUGCUGGUGAUGUGAAAGGAGAAUCAGCCAUGAAAUAUCAAGAUGAAAUUGGUUCAAGAAUACUGCAUACUUAUCAAGUUUUCAACAAGGGGCCCUGGCGAGUAGGGACUGUUGAUAUAAAUUUUGAAUGGCCUUUCCAAGUCGCUAAUAACAAGCCGCAAGGAAAGUGGCUUCUCUACUUGGAAGAUGUACCUGCAGUUGAAUCGCAAGGAGGAGAAAGCUGUACAAUGAAGCCUGGUCAAGUCAACCCUCUUAACCUGCGUCAAAGACCCGGUUUGGAAGAGGCCUCGUGGGAUGAGAUUUCUCCGCGCGGUGGAAACAUCUAUUCUGGCCCAUCAAACACGACCCAGAAUAGUCCAUCUAAAAUUCGGAGGAAAAGGGAACAAGAGAUGAUAGUCCGGCCAGAGGCUUGGACUGACAAAGAGGGUAGAAAACAUCAAGUAGUAUACAUGGAUUGCCUGUUAGGAACAGCCAAGUGCUUCCAUUUUGUUUGCCAUAUUCACAACCUACAACCUCAGCAAGCAGCAACUAUUAGAAUUAGAGCUCGCCUUUGGAAUGCAACACUGGUUGAGGACUACCCAAGAGUUAGUUUUGUCAGUAUUCGAUCAAGAGCACGAAUUCACAUCCCUCCUGCCCUUGCAAUCCAACAAGACACAUCAGAUGAUGAAACACAGGUCGAAACAGUUGCCUACCCUGAGCUACUAGAUCAACAAGAAGCUGAAUCAGUACCUAUUUGGAUCAUUGUGGUGGCUGUAGUGGCAGGACUAGUCUUAUUCAUUUUACUUACUUACGUCUUAUGGAAAUUCGGAUUCUUCAAAAGGCGGCGACCGGAUCCAACUCUCUCAGGAAACAUUGAAAAACACAGAAAUGAUAAUAGUGAUCUCGACUACUAGUCUCAUCAUUUUGCAUCAUAUGCCUAGAAUACCUCUGGGCAGUCUGUCAGAAAAUUGUGAAAAAGACUGAUGGAAAAUUUAUUUAAUAUAGCAAAAUUGAUGUGUUAAGAUUUAAAGCAACUUGCAGAUUUAAGUGUUGCAUUUUUAUCAAACUCCUCAGAAUUAUGGAACAACAAUGUAGCUCUAGUUGAUUUUAUUUUAAUUGUAUUACCAUAAAAAUGAGCCACUGCACAUGUGCUUUGUGUCAUAAUUUACCAAAGUGAAUUACUAAUUGAAUACUGAGCGUGAAAGUGAAGCUCUGUACACCUAGUGGCAGGGUACUUAAUGUGUCUGAUGACUACAAACCACUGCCUUAUGUUCAUUAACUGCUGAUGAGCUACUAAGGCUUCUCCUUAUUGUUUAAGCAUUCACUACUGUAUGUAUAUAUAAAAACAGUAUCUGUAUUGUUAAACAUGUCUGGUAGGUAGAUAGAGAUGCUAAAGCAAAACCUGCCUCUCUUACAUUUUCAUCUCUGUAAAUAUUGUUUUUGAUAAUUUGUGUAAAUAUUCAUGGCAUAUGUACCUCAUCUGACCAAGUGUAAAUCAUUUUUCUUUUAAAUUUUUAUUGCAGUGCAGGACUGUGAUUUGUUAGUGAUGCACUUUGUACUGUUGAAGUUUUCUCUGUACAUACAAGUGAUAUGUUGUCUGUUCAAGUGUUUUUGUGUACAUGUGAAUUUAGAAGAGAAAUGUAUGUAUGUAUUUUUAAAUAAUGUAAGUAGAUACUAUUUAUCGAAUGUGAAGGGGAAUGAAAUUCCAAAUGGAUACUUUUGCUUUGAGUGCUGUUAAUUGUCUCUUUUUCUACUCUCCUCUUUCUUACUGUGUAUGGUAUCAAGUAAUGCAUGAGCAAAUCCGAUUAACCUUGGAACCUUUUAAGGUUUUAAGAUUUAAUACAACAAAUAAGCAACAGUCUUAUACUUGACAGUGCUGACAAGCUUGAGCUUCAACAAUUACUUUUGUAUGUUGAUUUUUAUUUUUUUUUUAACUAAGGAAAUUUUCCUGGUAACUUUCUACUUGUUGUCUGCUGGUAAUUGUUUGUCAGAAGUCAUUAACUUUUUUUUCAGUCAUAAUUGAUUUUAGAGCAGGAAUAAAGGUACUUACACACUUCACAAACACUGUAAAUUGAACAUGUUAUGUAAAUAAAUUUUAGACAUUGUGUGCUUAGCACUCAGUGUGUUAAAGAAGGCUCACUAUGUGUGCCAUUGUGAUAUGGUGCUAAGUUUUUAAAAGAACCUGCCACUUAAGAUUUAUGUAUAUUAUAAUGUUGUGUAAUAUUGAUAAAUAUAAUUUAUACAUAGGUGUGUAUGAGAAGGCUUCUUGUCAGUCUGAAACCUUGUAAAACUUGCUUAAGUUCUAACUUCAUAUAUGGAAAAGUUGUGAGCAGUAUACAGACAUUUUAUUUUUUAAAGAAGUGAUCACUUUUUAAGAAGCAUAUGUUUUGAAAAUUUUUAGAUUUAAAAAAUUACGCAAUUGAUUUGCCAUUAUGCACAUGAACAUUCCAGAAAUAUUACUAUGUAUUCAGAAUUUUAUUGUCUGUACUUGCAAAACCUCUCAAAUCUGUAAUAAGGUGGCACAGUGUGGUAAUUUUCAAAGAAACUUACUCCUGGAAAUGUAUUUUUGAUGAAAGCUGUGCUUAUAUAGCAUGAAAUUUACAACCCAUUUUGUGUAUGAAAACUUAAUUUUAUACUUACUGUGAAACAAUAAAUUGUUAUGAAUGAAAACAAGCAAAA